AUGGACGUGCAUGGAAAUCUGCUGAAAUGGUAAGCCGAUUUUCUUACGGGCAGAUCUUAACGUGUGUGUCUCGACACGCUGAAUCGAAAUGGCAACCGUCCAUUGUGGCCUUAAGCAGGGGAGCAUUCUGAGUCCGUUUCUGUUCUUAAAAUAUGUGAGCGACUGCCUGGAUUGUCUGAACUACGAGCGCAUAAUAUUUGCCGAUGAUCUCAAAUUGUGGAAAUCAAUAAAGGAGCCGGAAGACUCUCUACAGUUACAAAAUAAUUUGAAUAUUCUGCAACAAUGGUGUGAUGAGUGGUGUCUUAACCUCAAACUUAGCGAAUGCCAACUUAUCCUAUUGCGAUCUACCAACAGGAGGCCGUUAAGAUUUGAAUCUCACUACUUUAUAGGGGGUCGCCAACUCGAGUCAAUCAAUGAGUUAAGAGACCUCGGUGUGUGGAUGACGUCAACUCUCAAACCAUCGUUUCACUGACACAAGGUAUCAAAGAAGACUAUGGGUAUCCUAGGCGCAAUCGGGAGAUUCUCUCUCAAUUCUGACGAAGAAUUUUUCGGCCGAGUAUUUGAACAUUUUUUCGAUCAAUGUUGGAAUAUUGUGUUCAGGCAUGGUGUCCCUGAACAUAACAAGAUUACAUCCCAUUGGAGAACGUGCAACGAAGAGUAACCAAGCUGGUCGGCGGAUUAAGUUGCUAACUUUGUGAUAGACGCUUGGAAAAGCUGAAAAUAUUUCCUCUCUCUUAGAGACAAUAGAGAGGGGAUAUUGUCGUGGCCUUCAGUAUCGUCAGAGGGCCAGACUGUGCUCUUCACUUUGACGAUUUCUUCCGAAUGGUGCGGACGACCAAUCUUCGAGGUCACUAAUACAAAUUGAAGAUAAAAUAUGCCAAACUUGAAUUGCGGGCCAAAUUCUUUUCCCACCGGCUGGAUGAAGGAUGGAACAAAUUGCCAACUCCAUUGUUCUGACGGGAAACGUUAACAGCUUCAAAAAAACUAUGUAAAUUUAUGCAUGAUGGUCAAACAUUUACUGGAUAUCGAUGACUGGCAUAACUGUUAUGUAAAUAUCUGCAUGUUUUUUUCAUACGUCUAUCUGUAAAUAAGGUUUUCCAAGGCUCUGCCUAUGUCCCACAUACAUACUAAAUCGAGUGUUGAACAGGGACGACUGCUCACCACAAGUCUGUGACAACGUCUGCACCGUGCCCGUGAAGAUGAAUGGACUGGAUGAAAUCAAAAUUUAUAACAAGGGAUCGCUGAAAACUGAAUUACGUGCAGGGGUGCAGUCUAUUUCAGUUUAUUAAGGGAAAGAUAUGUGCUGAAGUACUUGGCUACUUGACCUUUGACAAUCUUGUCACGUUUGUUUUACUGUAGCAUUUGUUUUAACGUGAAAAAUAGCCGCCGCUUGUAAGCUUCGCGCCGCUUGCAUGCUCUCUGGUCAGGCCGUUGCACAUUUUGAAUAUUAACUUUAUUCACUUACUGGCCUUCCUUACCUCACUCCGGUUAUGAGGUUAGUAAGCCGUAGUUCGUUAGUUCGCGGGAACGACAUAACUUACGUCAUUGGUGACUCCCGACGUUAGCGCAGACUUAUGUAAGUUCUUUCCUUCUGUAACAUUUAAUGACAUUUAAAGUCCUGUAUUUAUUUGCUAAAUUUUAGUUCAUUUACAUUUCCCGCUCACCUUUUCACAAUAUUGUACUACCUAUAUUUUGCUUAUUAUGUCUUCCUCAACUCAACAACCUGACGUUCCUGCCGAGUCUGUUCAUGCCGUCCAUUUCACUUUGCCUGCUUUCUGGCAACACGCCCCUGAACUUUAUUUUAUCCGCAUUGAGUCAGCCUUUUACUCCUCCAACAUUACGAAGGAGUUGUCGAAAUACCACAAACUUGUGGAGGUUCUCCCUGCCAAUAUUAUCUCACAAGUUCAACCCUUGUUAGUGAACCCCCUGCAGACGCUCCCUAUUCUGCUCUGAAGGCGGAAAUCCUUCGUCUCAGUGCUGUAUCUGACCGACAACGCUACCACCAGUUGAUCAAGGAGGAAUCACUGGGUGACCGGAAGCCCUCAGAACUUCUCCGACGAAUGCGUACUCUUUUAGGAGACAUGCAGGUCGACGAGAAACUCGUUAAAGAGAUGUUUCUAGAGCGGCUGCCUGCAGAUGUCCAAACGAUUUUGGCAUCCGGCUCGCAAGACCUUACACUUUCACAUCUUGCUGAAAUGGCAGACCGAAUGAUAUAGGUUCAACGGUUCCAGCCACCUUCCGUUGCUCAGAUUUCCACAUCCUCUUCAACGGUUAACGAGCACUUACUGCAACAGAUGUCGGAUAUGGCGAAUGAGAUAGCCUCCCUAAAACUACAGCUUGCUCGCAUUAGCUGUAGUCGAUCACCCAGCCGUCAUCGUUCACGUUCGCGACCUCGCACAGCCAAUUUGUGUUGGUAUCACGUAAACGUUGCCGCCAAGGCUCGCAAAUGUUCUUCCCCUUGUUCAUUUAAACCAAAACAGGGAAACCAGCCAGCCAGAGAAUAGACGCGACCGUUUUCUCUGGAUCUUCCAGCUCUGGUCGCACCUUUUAUGUCUGCGACAAUGUGACUCGUAGGUGUUUCCUGGUGGACACUGGAGCCCAGAUCAGCGUGGCUCCCCCCACCCCAGUUGACCGCCGCUGUCCCAGCCCUGGUCUACAUCUCCAAGCUGCAAACUGUUCCCCCAUUUCCACUUUUGGUAGUCGUUCCCUGACGCUAAACAUUGGUUUACGUCGAUCAUUCUCCUGGAUAUUUGUGAUCGCCGAUGUGCCUCAUGCGAUCCUUGGUUCAGACUUCCUAGCCGAGUUUGAUCUCCUUGUUGACUGUCGGCGUUCCUGUCUCCUCGACCGCACAACUGGUCUUUCUGUCCGCGGUCUUACACCCUUUAAUGACUCCUGCAAUUUAUCUGUUCUGGACACAGGUAUUGCUUGCCCAUACCGAGACCUGCUCUUCCAACACCCCAACAUAAUCAAACCCCAGUUUCGCAGUGGUGAGAUCCAGCAUGACGUUGUCCACCAAAUUCGCACCUCUGGCCCCCCAGUAUUCGCACGGCCUAGACGACUGGCUCCGUCCGGUCUGCAAGCGGCGAAGGCCGAAUUUGAGCACAUGCUGCAACUGGGCAUAAUUUGCCCGUCCGAGAUUCCAUGGGCGUCCCCUCUGCAUAUGGUGCCCAAGGCGACAUCAGACGACUGGCGGCCCUGUGGUGACUAUCGCGUCCUCAACAAUGCGACCAUCCCGGAUCGUUAUCCCGUCCCUCAUCUUCAAGAUUUUGCUGGAGCUCUUUUCGGCAAGUCGGUUUUCUCGAAGAUUGACCUUGUUCGGGCCUUCCAUCAGAUUCCUGUCGCUCCUGAGGAUGUUCCCCAAACUGCCGUCACCACACCAUUCGGCCUGUACGAAUUUAUUCGCAUGCCAUUUGGUCUUCGUAAUGCUGCCCAAACAUUUCAUAGGUUCAUUGACCGAGUCCUACGUGGUCUCCCGUUUGUGUACGCCUACAUCGAUGACCUCUUGGUGGCCAGUCGAAAUGCCGAGGAACACAAAGAGCAUCUUGCCUUAGUGUUUGACCGCCUCGAUCAGUUUGGCUUGGUCAUUAACCCUUCUAAGUGUGUUCUGGGUGUGCCGUCCCUUGAUUUUCUUGGUCACCAUGUCCAUGCACAAGCUUCGCGUCCCCUCUCUUCCAAGGUUGAGGCCAUUCGUGACUUUCCUCCACCAACCUCCAAGCGUCAGUUGCAACGUUUCCUUGGCAUGGUAAACUUUUAUCGCCGGCUCCUACCGAACUGUGCCGACCUUAUGCUGCCGCUCACCAACUUGCUCUCUGAUCCCAAGGGCCCCCUUGAUUUACGUGGCCACGCACUGACUGCUUUUAAGAGAAUAAAGACCUCCCAUGCUGAUGCUACCUUGCUCACUCAUCCUGCUCCAGAAGCCCCAUUGUCCCUGAUGGUUGAUGCUUCGACCGUUGCCGUGGGAGCAGUCCUCCAACAGCAUAUCAACGACUCGACACGACCGUUGGCAUUCUUCUCCAAGAAGCUUUCACCUGCCGAGACGAGAUAUAGCACGUUUGGCCGUGAACUUCUUGCCAUUUACCUAGCCGUAAAACAUUUCCGACACUUCCUUGAGGGUCGUGACUUCACAAUUUUCACAGACCACAAACCACUUACAUUUGCCAUCCGAUCCCAUUCUGACAAAUACAACCUGAGAGAGGUUUCUCAUUUGGAUUACAUCUCGCAAUUCACCACCGACAUCCGUCACAUUGAUGGCCCGAAGAAUGCGGUGGCCGACAUGCUGUCCAGACCUUCCCUCUCGGCGUUUCACCUCUCACACGGGAUUGAUGUUGGUGCUAUGGCGGCUGAACAACGACGUGUUGGAUGCCCUGGCGACGAGUCUGUUGACAGUCUUCAAUUAGUUGACGUCCCAUUGACCACCGGCACUGGCACAAUCCUUUGUGACGUAUCGACUCCUUUUCAUCGAUCUUAUGUGCCUGCCUCGAAGCGUCGAGCUGUUUUUCAAACUCUCCACGGACUCUCCCAUCCUGGGAUUCGAGUCUCACAGAAGCUCCUUGUGGAAAAGUUCGUAUGGCCUGGGUUGAGCAAAGAUGUGAGAGCUUGGACAAGAUCGUGCCUUUGCUGUCAACGUAACAAGGUUCAACGCCACAACAAGUCUCCAUCGGGCACGUUCCCCAGCCCCGAUGCACGGUUCAACCAUGUGCAUUUCGAUGUCGUGGGUCCUUUACCUCAAUCCAAUGGCUAUACUCACCUUCUCACCUGCGUUGAUCGCUAUACCCGUUGGCCGGAAGCCAUUCCUUUACCGAAUGUGCAAACUGAGACCAUUGUGAAAGCCGUCGUCAGUCGUUGGGCCGCCAUAUUCGGUGCGCCAUCCAUGAUUACGACUGAUUGA